AUGCCUCCCCGGUUACGCAUCUCGCCGUCGCUGCGUCGACAGGCUCUUCAAUGCCAGCACAAUAAGCUCCAGCUCGCCCGGUGCGCCAGCAGUGCCGCGGCCACCACACCGGUCACCCCGGCCGCGCCCAUUGAACAAAUGACCCAUUCGCCAGCCCCAAUCUCCCGAUUCCCUCCUACCCAGCCGCCCUCGCAUCGCAACCCAGAGUACCGCCGGUCACAGCUCCUCCGGCAAUACACAUCAUUGCUGCGCACCUCCCCUCUCAUGGUGCUGUUCCAGCACAACAACCUCAAGUCCAUGGAAUGGGCAUCUAUCCGCCGCGAACUCACCAUUGCCCUACAGAAAGUGGACGAGAAGAUCGCAUCGGAGGGCCGGACCUCGGCGCCCCUGGCACCACACAUCAAGCUGCAAACCGUGCAGACCAGCAUCUUCGAAGUGGCCCUGCGCAUUGUGGAGUAUUUCCGGCCGAGCGCAGCCUCUCUGGGAAUGGGACAGCCUCCUAGCGCUGUUAACCCGGCGACCCAAACAUCCGCCGAAAUCCCUGCCCUCUCUGGCUCGAAAGAUGACCCAGCCCUGACGCACGACCUGUCUCGCACCGCCCAUGCCGCGAUCAAGCACAUGAAGGGCAAACACGAACUGUCGACCAUUCUUGUUGGUCCUAUCGCUGUUCUUUCGAUCCCCACCGUCUCGCCGGAACACAUGAAAGCGGCAUUGUCGAUCCUCGUGCCCAAGGACUCGGGGUUCCCUGCUCCCACCAGAAAGGCAAACCCGGCCUACCACGAACCCAUCGUGCAGAACGGUCUUCAGAAGCUCAACUUGUUGGCUGCGCGCGUGGAUGGCAAGGUCUUUGAUCUCGAUGAGACGAAGUGGAUCGGUAGCAUUGAGGGCGGCAUGGAUGGUCUCCGCUCACAGCUGAUCAUGGCCUUGCAGAGCAUGGGAUCCAGCGUUACAAGUACGUUGGAAGGUGCUGGAAAGAGUCUCUACGUUACCAUGGAGAGCCGGAGGAGCGUGCUUGAGGACGAGCAGAAGGGUCCAGAGGAAGGCGAGAAGAAGAGUGAUUGA